UCCACGUCUCUCUUGGAACAAAUCCGAUCUGGUUACCUUUGUCGUUCCAAGGUAUUCAUCACGAACGUGUGGUCUAGUUCGAAAGUUCAUUAAACAACAUGUUUUACAGUCCAAUAAGUACUUUUUUUCGUAAACCACUUAUUCACAAGUUGACUUUUGGUAUAGCGUACGGUACCAGUAAGAGAAUCGAUGACAAUGCUUUGCAUCACAAUAUUUUUCACAUAACAUACCGUACCCCAAGAAUCGAUCGCAAGUGUAGCGUCGCAUUUGUGCUCUCCGCCGUGGCAUUAUCAUGAAAAGCAUGCACACAGAACACAGAGCCAACAGAACAAAACCUUAGACGAGAGCGACCGGAGCAGCCGAGUGGAGCGGUGCGGAGCCGGCAAAACAGUACCUUCGUGGGGGAAACAACUGCAACAAGGAAGCAUAGCAUGACCCCGAUCUUUUCGCUGGUGGACAUGGAACACCACCGGCGGUUCCGGUCCGGCAGCAGCGGGGACAGCCGGUGGGCCACCGCCGGCCAACGCUCCCCGGAAGACGACAGGGUCUCCUUCGAGGACGCCCUGUCGAAGCUCCGGGACUCGCGGCACUCGCCCACCACCGGAGGCAGCGCAGCGCCGGAAGGACACAAACCCAAGGCCAAACCCAAGGCCAAACCCAAAGCCAAGGCACGAGCCGGAAACGAACCCACCCGAAGCCGGCGGCAGCUGCAGCGGGAGAGGCCGCUGCCCGCCACCGAUGGGCUGCUGCCGCACCCACGCCCGAUCCGGAACCCCAGAAAACCGUCCUCUUCCAAGCAGAAGCGCAAGCCACGCGCCCGCCUGUCGCCUCCUCCCCCUCCCCCGCCGCCCCUUUCGGUGUCCUCGAGCUCGGACACGGCGUCGAGCUCGAGCGAGCGAAGCUCGCACUCGUCCGAGAGCCAAAGCAGAGCCACCGCCGGUGGCGUAAAAAGAAGCAGCAAAAGCAAAAGCAACAGCAACAGCAAUAGCAACAGCAACAAUAGCAGCAGCCGGUCCGGUUCCGGCAAGCGGGGGCAGACGCGGGCGCGGGCUUUAGCCUCGUCGUGCCGGAGCCGCCUCCGGCCUAAGCAGAGACGGGGAAGGCGCAAGACGAUCCGCUGGGACAAGAGCGUAGGGAUCAGGGUGGUGCGCGGUCUGGAAAACUACAGCCUACAAGAGAUCAAGGACACCUGGUACUCGCCGGACGAAUACGCCCUCAUGGAAGACGAGUGCGAGCUCACCAGCGAACACAUGGACGAACUGUACGAGCUCGAUCUGCUUGAUUUCCAAGCAACGAGAAAUACGGAUAGAGGAGACACAGCGGCAACAACAACAACAACAACAUAUACAACAGCAGCAGGAUCGGUUCCCGGAAGGGAAAGGCGCCGGUUGCCCGAUGGGUUGAGCGAGCGGGGACUGGAAUCCUGGACCCUACGGGGAGAGGCGCUGAAAGAAGCCCGCGUCCAGCUCAUCGUCGACACGGUAUGGAAGUCGCAGGUGCACGCGUGGACGCUUCUCGGGGGGACCCCCGGCUCUCCCCCCGGGAGGAGGUUCGAGAGGACUUCCACCGAYGGCAGGAUCCACGACGAGUGCUGGGAGUACCUGCGGCGGAAAUCGAUCCGGAUCUCGGCCCUUUCCCGCGCCAUGGCCCGGCGGCUCGCAGCGAGCGACGAGGAGGAUGUCCGUUCCUACCUGGACCMAAUCCGGGUCCUGGAGGAGGCGAGGAAGAAGCGGGCCGGGGGUUCGGUACAUCCCCCGGUGGCCCCUGGCAGGCCAUCGAUCCUCAGACCACCGAAACCGGUGGUGCUCGACCCCAUCGAUCCCUCCGACUCGGCACGGGAGUCCUUCUCCCGCGUGUCCGUUCCCRCAAGGGAUCCAAGGGCCGAACCGGGGGAAGCCUAUCGGUCCACGGCCGGUGGCAGCGGAAGCCCGGACUCCUUUGGCAGGGGCACCGCUUCCUCCGGUUCGGAGGCCACAACAAUGGCGAGCGACGUCAAUCCCCGGAGGCCCCAGCGGUUCGAGUCGCCCUCCACACCRCCGCGUUCCAGGCUCGUCGGCGGGAUCGGCAUCGGCGACGACCUGCCCGUUCCCUUUGCAUCCGAUGACACRGGGGRAACGKACGGCACCGCGGUGGCACGCACACGCGAGUCACCCAAGGACGCGUCGCUGGGCAGCGCUCCCGGGAGAUGCAGGGGCCAUCGGCUUUGAGCAGAACGAAGAUUCCCGUGUCGCCSKUGGAAAGCUCGCCGCACACAAAAUGGACCGCGGCCUUCUAGGAAUCAACCGCCAUCCCCAUCUCAGUCCACCGGGAGGGGAAGKGUCCGAAUUGCCCAAUCGGAACACSCGCCUUCMUUGUAAAUCGAUAGCUAUGUAAUGUUAU